GCAUGUUAGUGUUUGUGUUACCCCGCCUCAGCUGAGCAGCAGCGUGGGUUCCUCUCCACCUGAGUAUCGGGGACAAUUGCUGGUACUGACCCGGUGUGGAGGCAGCGGAGGAGGCCGGCCGCAGCCACGGACACGAGCCGGGAAUGGCGUCGCUCAGCGUGGGUCUGCAUGUCAUCCGAAAGCGGGGAAUAGGCAGGAGCGCCGCGGUGGAGAGGAGGAACCUGCUGACGGUGUGCAGGUUUUCAGUGAAGACUCUGCUCGACCGCUCCUGUUUUGAGACGAUAGAUGACUCCUUUCCUGAAUUCAUCAACUUUGUGUCCAUCCUUGAGCACAUAUUCAAUCAUCGACUCAAAGGUCAGACAACAUGGUUUGGCUAUGAGAGUCCUCGCAGUUUCUGGGAUUACAUAAAAGCAGCCUGCAGUAAAGUCCCUCAUAAUUGCAUCCGGAGCAUUGAGAGCAUGGAAAAUGUGCGGUCAUCAAGAGCAAAGGGCAGGGCAUGGAUCAGAGUGGUGCUGAUGGAGAAAAGACUCUCAGAAUACCUCUCAUCUGCUCUGAGGGACCUCAAAACCACCAGGAGGUGUUACGAGGAAGGCGCAGUCAUGCUGGGAGAGGAGGCGGGGCUUUUAGCAGACACACUGAUCGGACUGAACACCGUCGACUUCAGCUUCUGUCUGAAAGGUGACGGCCUGGACAGCAGCAGCCCCACUGUCAUCGACUACACACCGUACCUCAAGUUCACUCAGAGCACAGACAGCAUCAGCAGUGAUGAGGAGGAGAUGAGGACUCUGGGGAGCAGCGGCAGUGAGAGCAGCUCCCCGGACAAAACAGCCACCGCUGCCUCCAUCUUCACUGAGCAGAGCAACUUGGUCAACAAGUGUAAACGCUUUGAGCAGAAGUAUCGAACGGCGCUGGAGCAGAAGGGCUACUUGGAAGAGCUGGUGCGUCUACGGGAAGCCCAGCUGUCGGAGGCCAUGUCUCAUAACAAAGCUCUUCAGCAGAACCUAGCAGACGCACACCUGUCACACACACUAGAGAAGGAACAGCUUGAGUACAUCAUACUGGAACUGCAGGACCAGCUGACAGUGAUGAAGAACAAUGAUUUGCGGUCCAGACAGGAGUUGACAGCCCAUCUGACCAAUCAGUGGCCAUCUCCUGUUGUCCUGGAUGCCAACGCUGUUGCCUUGGACACGCUGCUGUACAGGAAAAGCACUGGACAGUGGGAGGAGAAGAGUUUCCAGAGUCUGGAGCAGUUGUCUGCAGACAUAAGCCUCUCCCAGAGUUCUCUCGAACCAUCACACACACUGAGUGUGGAGGCCAGGACUGUUGGUGCACAGUGGCGCCGCAGGGAUAAAGAGGAGACCCCGUCUUUAAGAGGUCUGUGUGGGUCACUGACCUCCGUCACCAGCUACAAGUCUCUGGCCAGCCUGAAGUCCAGCGAGUGUUUGGCCAGUCCUGCAACGGAAAUCAGUAGUCCAGGAAUCACCCCUUCAUGAGGAAUGAAGAGCUAAAAAAAAGCCCCACAGAUUACCAACGGGGCCAGACAACACAGGGACUUCGUAAUUGUAGUUGAUCUUGAUAUUUCUAUUCUGUAUGUGGAGGCCAGAGCUUUAGCAGUUGGACGUCAGGUUCUCAAGAUGAAAAUCUGGUGUAACAUGAUCUUUGAAAUGAGGUGAAAGCAGCUCCAGUACACCAAAUAAUGUCUUACAAAAGUACCUCUGAGCUUUAACACUGCUCACUUGGUGCAGAAGAUGUAAUAAGUGUCUUCAGACUGUGUGCGUUGAUGUGUUUGUUUUGUUCUGUAGGCGUUUAAUCUGUGGAGCAUAGUUUGUUUUUUGGAUUAUAAAACUGUACAGUUUAUGUAUGGCAUUUUGGCAAUUUGCCAUGUCACUUUACAGUGUUGAGAAGACGGUGACGAGCUUCUGUGUCUUUCUUUCUCUCCAGGGUUUCACUGCAUGCUGAAAAUACAGACUGUCUUGGAUCAGCGUUAAGGAGAAAUCAUAAAAGCGUGUGAUCUUGUUUCUCAUUAGUUUCUUAUGCUCUGUGCUGUUACUGCUGCCACUUAACUCUUUUUCACAUAUGUCACAAUGUCAUCAAGAUUUUUUUACAUUAUCUAAUGUCACAUUCUGUUCUUGGGUGUGGGUGUCAUUGUUGUCAAAUGUUGAAAAUAAUGCAGUAUCACAUGGUUUGUUCUCAGGAAAUGACCACUAUGAUUAAUACACCCCUCAUUUCUGGGUUAAGCUUUAUUUAUUAUUCACGUUACUUGACUUGCUUAACUUGAAUUGCAGUAUUUUAGUUUAAUGUCUCAUUUUCACAGAUAAAUCAUUCACUAAACUCUAAUAUAAUCCAACAAGUCUGAGAAAUAAAAAAAAAGUGUGUACAGUAUCAGCAUAAUGUAUAUAUUCAUAAAUUAUUGUCACUGGCUGAGGACCUCAACAGUGACCUCAUGACUUUGCGUUUAGCUCAUUUCAGCAGUCAUUUGCAUAGACACACAGAUGUUUAAUGAGAAAUGCCCUUUUUAAAUCAUUAUUUUGAAUAAACUCCACUUGCUGAAUUGA